AUGUCGAAGUCACAUUCUGAGGCCUCUGAUGACUUCGAGUUCAUCGAAACACCUGCUGCUCCUACUCCAACGCCACCAACUGAAGAUUAUGGAGUCCGCACCACUUCUUAUCCUGCCAUAAAGAAUGCACCUCUCCCAGCCGACGCAUCAGGCAGCGAGACAUUCAACAAUACCCUCCUAUUCUCUCUGCUGGCAGUCGUCCCCAUAUACCUAGCUCGUCAGCUCUAUGGCGGUUUAUGGACCGCCCUUUUUCUUGCGGUCCUCACCACCAUCCCGAUCUUGAUGGCAUUCUGGACGAUUGCUUCGACAAUAUCACCUCGCAAGAACGAGAAGGCUCGGUACCCUGGUCGACCCGUACAAGACUAUCUGCAUUUUCAUGAUGAGAACGACAGGAUAAAGUAUCAUGGCAAGAAUAGGAUUCCAAUGGAAACGUUCCAUGAAAUGUACUUUGAUGGCAAGGUUGAUUUCAAAGGCGAUUGCCUCGAACUCAUGGAAUAUCGCCAUGACUGGGCAAACUUUCGCUUCACUCUGAGUCUCUUCAAGUUCUUCCUGUUCGGAAUGAUGCCUGAGUUGAUCAUGCAUUCUCGGUCUCAAGAUGAAGAACAAGUUCGAGACCACUAUGAUCGUGGUGACGAUUUCUACGGCUGGUUUCUUGGCCCUCGCAUGAUAUACACUUCUGGGAUUAUCUCCGACAUUAACCGAGAAGAGAGUCUCGAGCAGCUUCAAGACAACAAGCUUGCUGUUGUCUGUGAAAAGAUCGGCCUCAAGAGCGGCGAAAAACUGCUUGACAUAGGUUGUGGAUGGGGCACGCUCGCCAAAUAUGCUUCUGUAAACUACAAUGCCCGGGCCACUGGCAUAACACUCGGACGCAACCAGACAGCUUGGGGCAACAACGGCUUACGGAAGGCUGGCAUUUCCGAAGAUCAAAGCAACAUCUUGUGCAUGGAUUAUCGCGACAUCCCAGUUCCAGCCGGUGGUUACAACAAGAUAACCUGCCUCGAAAUGGCUGAGCAUGUUGGUGUCCGUCACUUCAGCAGCUUUCUCAACCAAGUAUACAACAUGCUCGAUGACGAUGGCGUCUUCUUCCUUCAAAUUGCUGGUCUUCGAAAGGCCUGGCAGUACGAGGAUCUCAUUUGGGGUCUUUUCAUGAACAAAUACAUCUUCCCCGGAGCUGACGCUUCCACCCCGCUUGGUUUCGUUGUGGAUAAGCUUGAGGGCGCAGGCUUCGAGGUGAAGGGUGUCGACACUAUUGGCGUGCAUUACUCGGCUACGUUAUGGAGAUGGUACAGGAAUUGGAUGGCAAACCGAGAGAAAGUUGAGGCGAAAUAUGGCAAUCGAUGGUUCAGGAUCUGGGAGUACUUCUUGGCAUAUUCCACCAUCAUCUCUAGACAGGGAAGCGCAACAUGUUUCCAGAUUACGUUGGUUAAGAACAUCAACAGCACGCAUAGGGUGGAAGGGAUCCCUAGCCAAUUUGGUCUGGCUGGCGCUCUCGCAGCUGGGCAGGUCCAUAAUGCCGGUCACAAAGCGACAGAUGUAACUAGCGGGCUGGGUAACAAGGUCAAGGAUGCUUUAAGAACGGAUUAA